GAAGCUUUUCUGUCACGAAACACGAAAUGUUGACUUAUUCAUCAUCACUGGAGAUGAAAGACAUGUUUUCAGCUCGACUGACUGAGUGUCUUUGUUUUACUCUCAAGACUCCAGCAUUGCGAGAAACUGAAUUAUUCAACAAGGCGACUGGUCUCCUGAGGGAAAUACGUUUGCAUCUUCUUGCAAAUUACGAACCUUGUUUGAUAAGGUCAGAUGCAAUUACGUAAGCCUGAAGACUACAGUGAUCAGUAAUAAACGAUAACAGUAAGAAUAUGAGCGCAAAGUUGUUGAACUGAUAACAUAACAAAGAUUUGGAAAAAAUGUUGAUCGUUCCAAGAUCCACAACGGCCAGGACUCACUUCGCUGCGGAAUUUUUCAAACAACGAUGACAUCUGUCAAUUGUCAGGAAAACAAAGGAGUUGAAGUUGAGUGACCACUGAUGUGAAUAAACAGACGUGACACAUUAUAUUGCUACUGAAUUUGAAUUUUGUAUCCGUUGCGAUGUGUUGUGAAUACCGUGCCGAACACUUGGUUGUCUUGGUUUUGUGCUGUUGAAUUACUGGGUUAACUCGAGCCCGCAUGAAUGCAAUCGAUUUACGUUUCACAAAAAAAUUACGAUGGAAAAUGACUGCAAAAGUAAGGAAACCGUUGAAGAUUUAUUCUUCAAAUUUAUGGACGCUCAAGAUUGUCCCGAAAUCACAAGUGCUUUUGGACAACUGGUGAAACUACUUGGUAUCAAAUCUGAUAAUCCGCGAGAAUUUUAUUCGUCACUUAAAGGAAAACUUCAAACGUGGAGGUGUAAAUCUCUUUGGGAGCUAUUAGAUAGUCGCGCUAAUCAGAAGGAAUACGGCAAAGGAAAAAUAUGCGAAGACACUCAAGUAUUAAUCAUCGGUGCAGGUCCGAUCGGCUUAAGAACAGCUAUUGAAGUUGCUUUGCUUGGUGCACGAGUUAUGAUUGUGGAGAAGAGAGAAUCUUUUGUGCGGAAUAAUGUUCUUCAUCUUUGGCCAUUUCUCCUUACGGAUUUUCGCUCACUUGGAGCUAAGAAAUUCUACGGGAAAUUUUGUUCUGGCGCUAUCGACCAUAUUAGUAUUCACCGACUUCAGUCUGUCCUCCUCAAAACUGCGCUUAUAUUUGGUGCCAAGCUAUAUACUGGUGUCACAUUCGAUGAUGUCAUCGAACCAAACUCAGUGGAGGAUGGGUGGAGGUGCAAAGUGUCCCCCGUGUCCCACCCUGUUAGUGAGUAUGAAUUUGACGUCCUCAUUGGCGCCGAUGGCAAGAAGAACGUCAUUCCUGGUUUCCAACAAAUUGAAAUGAGAGGCACGCUCGCCAUCGGUAUAACAGCGAACUUUGUGAAUCAUUACACGGAAGAAGAAGCUAACGUGGAGGAGAUUAGCGGCAUCGCGUAUCAGUUCAAUCCGCAGUUUUUUGAUGAACUGUUUAAACAGAAGGGAAUAAAGCUGGAGAAUAUUGUUUAUUACAAAGAUGAAACACAUUAUUUUGUCAUGACUGCUGGCAAAGCAAGCUUACUUAAAAGAGGAGCAUUAAAAGAGGAUUUUGGUCCUCCAACAAACCUUCUGGCACCAAGCAACAUCGAUCCCUCCAAGUUGCUAGAGUAUGUAAAAGAUGUGGUCAAAUACGCCACAAAAGGAACCCUGAGGAACUUGGAGCUGAAAAUUGUCAAAAAUAAUCAACCAGAUAUUGCUGCAUUUGACUUUACUUCAAUCAAAAAAGCUGAACACGCUGCCAGGAUCAUUGAACGACAAGGAAGCAAGUUGCUUGUGGGCUUAGUAGGCGACAGCUUAUUAGAGCCUUUUUGGCCCACUGGAUCUGGCUGCGCCCGCGGUGUUUUGAGCGCGCUAGAUGCGGCAUGGAUGAUUCGUUCAUUUGCACAGGACAAACCGCCACUGCAGAUACUCAGUGAGCGCGAGAACAUCUACCGAUUACUUUCAGGGACCAGCUCGGAGAAUCUCCACAAAGAUCACGCGAAGUAUACAAUAAACCCGGCCACCCGUUAUUUGCACAUUACACAGAAACGAAUUCGAGAAGUGUACCAUUUGUUUGACACUGAUGAUCCAGUGAACGCCGAUUUCAGUGUCGGAAGCCCUCAGAUUACCGUAUCAAACAAAGCUUCUCGUAGAAGAAGAAUCAGUACUGGUGCGAAGUAUACUUCAUCUAAAGGUCGGGCGCGAAACCGGGCAGGUACCAACUUAGAUAUUGCUACAACAAGAAUGAGAUCGACUUCGGGAUCCAGUGUGGAAAACUUAGUCUCGCACAAGCCCCUGUCAUCCACAGAAUCAGUACCACUCGACAGCCGAGUUCGCGCUAAUACGUUUGGCAGUGACGAUGAAGUGUUCAAACCAAAAACAAGGCGUGUGAGGAUAAACGAUUUACCAAACCCUUCAACUGGACGUAGUAGAAGCUCCACUGUGGGAAGUUCAGGCGAUGAACUCAAAGACACAAGGAAAAAAUCGGCGAGAAAGCGUUCUAUGACGAAGGACAAUUCGGAAAAUCAGAGAGAGAACACCCGUCGUAGAAGAGGUUUCUUUGGAUUUGGAAAGAGCAGACCUAGAAGGAAAAGCGUAGGAGAUUCGGAUUAUCAGUCUGAUAAAGACAAAAAAUUGCAGAAGAUGAAACAUGGAGAAGAGCAAGAAAGAAUAGAGGGUACAUUGAAAAGUGUUCGACCGAGAGAGGAAGAGAAGGCAGGAUUUGUGAGGGACGAUUCCUUGAAAAGUCGCCCUGCGGGAUCAUUCUCGAGAGAACAAUACACGAGAAGGUCUGCACAAGACAUAAUUCGAGAAAUGGAAGCUAGAUCCAAAGGAGACACUGCUCCAAAUGAAAAUGUAAAGAAUGAAAAGAUUGCGGGCAAAAGAUUUGACUCAAAAGGAGAAGAACUUCGCUUAAACGGUGAACUUCAGGGUGGAGGAGAGAAAGCUAGAAGGAAUAAAAAUGACAACAAGGAAAUGGAGGAAAAGGCAAAGUUCGAGAAAGAGGAUGAGAAAAAGAAGCACAAGGAGGAAGAAAAGAGGAAAAAAGAAGAAGAACGAAAGAAAAGGGAUGAGAAAAGAAAACACGAAGUAGACAAG